UCACGUUGAAAUGGCAAGCUCUCAAUUUGAUUGUCAAUAUUGCGCAGCGUCCCUGCUUGGGAAGAAGUAUGUACUCAAGGAUGAUAAUCUAUACUGUGUCUCCUGUUAUGGUCGGAUCUUCUCUAACUACUGUGAGCAGUGCAAAGAACGAAUUGAAUCAGAUUCCAAGGAUCUUUGUUACAAAAACCGUCAUUGGCAUGAAGGAUGCUUCAAGUGUACCAAAUGCCAUCACUCCUUGGUGGAAAAGCCUUUUGUUGCCAAGGAUGAGCGUCUGCUGUGCACCGACUGCUAUUCUAACGAGUGCUCCUCCAAGUGCUUCCACUGCAAGAGAACCAUCAUGCCUGGUUCUCGAAAAAUGGAAUUUAAGGGCAACUACUGGCAUGAAACCUGUUUUGUAUGUGAGCAUUGCCGACAACCAAUAGGAACAAAGCCUUUGAUCUCCAAAGAGCAUGGCAAUUACUGUGUGCCCUGUUUUGAGAAGGAAUUUGCUCACUACUGCAACUCUUGUAAGAAGGUGAUAACUUCUGGGGGAAUAACAUUCCGUGACCAGAUAUGGCAUAAAGAAUGUUUUGUGUGUAGUGGCUGUAGGAAAGAGCUUUGUGAAGAGGCAUUUAUGUCCAGGGAUGAUUUUCCAUUCUGCUUGGAUUGCUACAACCAUCUUUAUGCUAAAAAGUGUGCAGCCUGUAUGAAACCCAUCACUGGUCUCAAAGGUGCCAAGUUUAUUUGCUUUCAAGACCGCCAGUGGCACAGCGAGUGCUUCAACUGUGGAAAAUGCUCUAUCUCCUUGGUGGGUGAAGGAUUUCUGACCCAGAACAUGGGUAUCUUCUGCCGCAAAUGUGGCUCUGGGACUGACACUGACAUGUAGAAAGAGAAGCCUUUCCCUACCUGAAACCCAUUUUGCCUUUGCUCUCACUAAAUCCAGAAGUCA